ACUGCGCGGAACGACGUAGUUAUAUAUAGCGUUGAUCGUAGAACAAAAUACAAUAGAUUCUCGCCAUCAAUCGAUCUAGAACGUGUUACAGUUCUUAGCCGUUUUUUGAUCGUCCUCUACACGAUAGUAUAAUAUUAUUAUAAUUACCUAUAGGUACAGUGGGUUCUUGUUUUUUUUCAACGUCAAGAAAAAUGUUGUCCAAGGUUAUUGUUGGUUCUUGCGUCCUGCUGUACGUCAGUUUUACGGUCCAAUCGUAUCCUCAAGGUUACGGCGGCGGUGGCGGACACGACGACGACGACCACGUGGACUACUAUGCUCAUCCAAAGUACUCUUACAAGUACGGUGUACAAGAUCCGCAUACCGGCGACUACAAGACCGCGCACGAGUACAGAGAUGGUGACGUGGUGAAGGGGUCGUACAGCGUGCAUGAUCCCGAUGGUACACUGAGGACUGUCGAGUACGUGGCCGACAAGGAAAACGGUUUUAACGCGAUCGUCCACAAGAGUGGCCACGCCAACCAUCCAGACCACUACGAACACUAUUAAACAGUCAAAUGUGAUGAUUACGCAAUGAUUUACUUCGAGGUAAUUAUAUAUGGCUUAUAACUUCCUAUGACUAUACUCAUAUUCCAACAAUAAGGACACAGGAAAACAUAUAGAUAACAAUCUAGUCCUUAAUUUAAUUGCUUUGACUUAUUUGUCAGCACAAUUAUCACACAUAUUAUACUUUUAUAUUAUACAUAUUACAAUCAUUACUAUUAUAUUAUUAUUUUUAUAUUAUUUAUAUUUUUUUUUUACAUAAUAUAAGUUAUAACUUAUGUAUAAUGACGGUAUGUUAUAGUGUUGCUAUGUUAGUUUAGUACAUACCGUUAUUGUUACUAUACAGUAUAUUAUUCUAUAUUAUAUCGUAUUACCGUUAGUAUAAUGUAAUAAUACUUCUUGUAUUUAUAAUGGCUGAUAUACAGGUAAUAUACCAAUAUUGUAAUUAAUAUA